UGUGUUGCUUUUUCUUUUUAGGUAUUGCAUUCUCAGUCUCGACAUGUUGAAGUCAGAAUGGCCUGUAUUCACUAUCUUCGAGAGAACAGAGAGAAAUUUGAAGCGUUUAUAGAAGGAUCAUUUGAAGAGUAUUUAAAACGUUUGGAAAAUCCACAGGAAUGGGUUGGACAGGUGGAAAUAAGUGCCCUUUCUCUUAUGUACAGGAAAGAUUUUGUAAUUUAUCGGGAACCAAAUGUUUCUCCUUCACAAGUAACUGAAAAUAAUUUUCCUGAAAAGGUAUUACUGUGUUUUUCAAAUGGAAAUCAUUAUGAUAUUGUCUAUCCCAUUAAGUAUAAAGAGAGCUCUGCUAUGUGUCAGUCUCUCCUUUAUGAAUUACUGUAUGAGAAGGUAUUUAAAACUGAUGUUAGUAAAAUCUUGAUGGGACUCAACACUGCUGAAGUAGCUGGUGAAAGCCACAGUGAAAUAUCAGAUUCAGAGGAUGAUAGUUGCAGGAGAAAAACUACCACCGCUAAUGAUGUAAAUGGAUUUAAAGCUCUGUCAAGUGAUCAGCACCUGAAAAACAGUGGGAACUCCCAAAGCCUUCCUUUGUCUAGAAAGGUUCUUAAGUCACUCAAUCCAGCAGUUUAUAGAAAUGUGGAAUAUGAAAUUUGGCUCAAGUCUAAACAAGCUCAACAGAAACGUGAUUAUUCCAUUGCUGCUGGCUUACAGUAUGAAGUUGGGGAUAAAUGCCAAGUUAGCUUGGAUCACAAUGGAAAAUUUUCUACUGCAGACCUUCAAGGGGUUCAUUCUGAGAACGGACCAGUUUUGGUUGAAGAAGUUGGAAGGAAGCACUCGCCGAAGACCCUCAAACCACCUCCCUCAGAAAGCUGGAACACAGUGUCAGGGAAGAAGAUGAAAAAACCUACCCCUUCUGGACAAAAUUUCCAUUCUGAUGCAGAUUAUAGAGGGCCAAAGAAUUCAAGCAAGACAGUAAAAGCUCCAUCAGCACUACCUCCUCGACUUCAGCACCCUUCGGGAGUAAGACAGCAUGCAUUUUCUAGUCAUUCUGCAGGGUCACCGUCUCAGAAACCCUCUAGUGAGCACAAGAAUCUUAGCAGGACACCUUCACAGAUCAUAAGGAGAUUCCGUUUGUUAGUGAAUGUGUUGGGUUUUGUUUAUUUGAAGAGCUCAUCAGUCAGUCAGUCAUCUUCUCAGAGUAGCAAUCCAUGUGUCCAGAGAAAAUCAUCAUAUGCGAGUGAUAGAAAAGGAAGCAGGCGGAGAAUGGAUACCGAAGAACGAAAAGAUAAAGACUCUAGCCAUGGACAUACUCACCUGGAUAAAAAACCUGGGCCAAGCACAUCAGAGAAUAUUAGUGAUGAUAAGUGUGCAAGAAUUUCAUCACCAUCGAAGUCAAAGAAAUUAGAGUGCCCACCUCCUGCAGAACAAAAGCCAGCAGAACAUGUGUCUUUGUCAAAUCCAGCUCCCCUUCUGGUUUCUCCAGAGGUACAUCUAGCUCCUGCGGUGCCUUCUUUACCAGCCACUGUGCCAGCCUGGCCAAGUGAGCCUACAUCUUUUGGACCAACAGGUGUCCCUGCUCAAAUCCCUGUUUUAUCAGUGACACAGACCCUGACCACUGGACCUGAUUCUGCUGUGUCCCAAGCUCAUUUAACACCCUCUCCAGUUCCUGUGUCAAUACAGGCAGUUAACCAGCCCUUGAUGCCUUUGCCUCAGACACUGAGCCUUUACCAAGACCCACUCUACCCUGGGUUUCCUUGUAAUGAAAAGGGAGACAGAGCCAUUGCACCACCUUAUUCACUGUGUCACACUGGGGAGGACCUGCCUAAAGAUAAGAACAUUCUUCGAUUCUUCUUUAAUCUUGGUGUAAAGGCAUAUAGUUGUCCGAUGUGGGCCCCACAUUCUUACCUGUAUCCUCUGCACCAGGCUUACCUGGCAGCCUGCAGGAUGUACCCAAAGGUCCCUGUCCCUGUGUACCCUCAAAACCCUUGGUUCCAAGAAGCUCCUGCUCAGAAUGAAAGUGAUUGCACUUGUGCCGAUGCACACUUUCCUAUGCAGACUGAGCCCAGUGUUAACGGUCAGAUGCCACAAGCAGAGAUUGGACCACCACCAUUUUCUUCACCUCUGGUUAUCCCUCCAUCUCAGGUGUCUGAAAGUCAUGGACAAUUGUCUUACCAGGCUGAUCUUGAAUCUGAAAACUCUGGGCAUCUUCUUCAUGCUGAAUAUGAAGAGUCACUAAGUGGCAAGAAUAUGUUCCCACAACCGUCCUUUGGACCGAAUCCAUUCUUAGGCCCAGUUCCCAUUGCACCUCCUUUCUUUCCUCCUGUUUGGUAUGGGUACCCUUUUCAGGGAUUCAUAGAAAGUCCAGUAAUGAGGCAGAAUAUUGUUCUGCCUUCUGAUGAGAAAGGAGAAUUGGAUCUACCCCUGGAAAAUCUGGAUCUGUCUAAACAAGGUGGUUCACCUUCAACAGGUGAGUUUCAGGAGGCCAGAUGUGAAGACACACAACAUGCUCUCCCUGAAGCAGAUGUGAGUGAGCAUGAAGGCCGGGCAGAGCAGUCGUCCCAGACACCUAAGGCAGAUCUGGCAUUGGUUUCCAUCCCUCCAGUAGCGGAGGGAAAGGCUCAUCUUCCCACUCAGAAUCUAGACAGAGAGAGAGAAACUGUGCCUGUUGAACCUGAGCCUAAAAGGACCAUUCCAAGUCUGAAAGAAAAAACAGAAAAAGUGAAAGAUCCUAAGAAUGCUGCUGAUGUGGUCAGUGGGGCCAACUCUGUGGAUAGCAGACUACAGAGACCAAAAGAAGAGAGUUCAGAAGAUGAGAAUGAAGUGUCUAAUAUUCUGCGAAGUGGUAGAUCAAAGCAGUUCUAUAAUCAGACGUAUGGAGGCAGGAAGUACAAAAGCGAUUGGGGCUAUUCUGGUAGGGGAGGAUAUCAACAUACAAGAGGUGAGGAAUCGUGGAAAGGGCAGCCAAGCAGAAGCCGAGAUGAAGGUUAUCAGUACCAUCGAAAUGGCAGAGGACGGCCCUAUAGGGGGGAUAGGAGGAGGUCAGGGAUGGGAGAUGGCCAUCGGGGACAGCACACUUGAUGGCUGUUGUUGCAGUGUAUUAGAGCAGAAACUCUUCUUAGGUGGAAUGUUUCUAAAGGCUUUAAAAAAAUACAUUAAAAUAAAAACCCAAAUUGGAACUAUCUCCUCCCCUCCCCCUUUACCCUCACUUCUAUCCUGGACAAGAGAUUUGGAUACGUGUUCAAGGGGGCAGGUGAAUUCCUGGCGUUGCCAUUUCUCUUUGUUCAAAAUCUGUUUAUUUAUGGGGUGACUGCCCCCAUAAGUAGAAAAUAAGUUUGUUAAAGUAUUUUUUAUAAACAGCUUAAUAUAAAACAUUAUAGAUUUAGUGUUUGUUUUUUUUCCUUAAAAUAAGUUUAAUUUCAAAUGUUGGAAAUGUGUGCUGUAUAGUGUUUACUAAAGUGACAAGAAAAUACACCAUUUGACACAUGAUAGAUUCCAAAACAUAACAUUGCACCAAAUAGAAAUGUAUAUUUUAUUAUGCAAUGCCUUAGUCAUAAACUGGGCUCAAACAGUUCUUAGGCUAAAACACUGUUGUCUUUUGAAAUGCUUCCAACCCAAAGGCCUUUCAUCUCAAUAUCUGUCAAACUUGAAUAAUGUCUUCUUUUUAAUAUUACACAUAAGCAGCCUAUUAACCUGUGUCUUAGAAAUGUUGUAUAUAGUUCUUUUAAUAUUAAUAGGGUAUAUUUUUGAAUUUUGGUAUUUGUUGAACUUGAGAUCGCAUACAAGAACAUAUGUUUAAGAAAUAAUAGGAAAUACAAUGAAAUGGCUGUUUCCACCAAGAAUUCUUAGCACUGGUGUAAAUAUGGUGCCUACUCGAAAGAAAUGUAGAUGCUAUGCAUUUUGAAAAUAAUCUGCAUCUGUUAAAACUGCAGAAUUUUUUUAAUGCCACUUUAACACUAAUGCACUGACAGAUUUAAAUAUUUUGAGAGACGAAAUGUUAAAAAUUUUUAGCUUGACAGGUUUCUGUAGAGUUCUGUGUUUUGUUUUUUCACUUUGCACCAUUGGCUGUGUCCAUCACUUUACAUUUGCAUGUUCAAUUUGUCACAGCUGGAACUAUUGUACAGAAAAGGAUGAUUGUGACUUCUAGUUCUUUUCUAGAGGAUGCUGCUAGAAAGUGGUUUUGCUUUGCAUUUUAUAGCUUGUUACCUCUUGGAUAACCUGUCAAUCCUGCUUCCUUCCCGUCUUCGUCUUCACAGUAUUUCAGUAGUAGUUCCCUUUGCAUGUUGCACUCUGUCCUCAUUUGGAGAUUUGACUUUGAAUUAACACAGUAUUUAUUAAUCUGUGUUAUACUGUAUAACUAUAGCUUUUAUUUCUCAUUUGUAUGUACUAAUGUGAAAAUCUACCCUUUUUUAUGUUCUCUUUUGAUCAGGAAGUUUGAGCGCUAUGCAAAUAAAGUAGUAAUUUCUCUUUGCAUGCCAUGUAUAAUAUACCUAGCCAAAAAUUGAUUUUUUUUUAAAAAAAGCAAAUACAAUUCACUUGAAUUUGACAAACUGAAACAGACGAGUUUUCUGGGUUCUCUGAUAACUUAACAGAAUUGUUUGGGAUGCCAGCUAGGCUCAGUGAAUCUCCACUGUACUGUAAUAAUGGUUAUUUUACCUCUGUUUUAAUUACCUAAUGUCUGUAUAACUGCUGAUUCGAGUAGUGAUUAUCAUUUAGAUGUUUUGUAACAGGAUUUUAGAGAGCACUUUGAAAGAUAUUUUACGAUGGUGCUAAGUAAAAACUUUAAAGACUGAGAUGGUUGUGUGGAAAUACUGAGAGAACCUGCGGAAAGGAAUUUCUGUUGUCACCUUCUAAGCUCUAACAAUUGGGGAAGGUACUGCUUAAGCCAUUUCUUUCUUAGUUAACAUCAGUUGUUAUGGAAUGAGAUUAGCUGGUCCUUUAUUCUCAGCUCAUAUUUUUUAAUGUAAGAUUAGUUUAUCUGAUAGUUUUUAUGAAAAUCACCUUUAGAUAUUAUGGCCAGAUUUAAAAGUUCGAUGUAAAUUUAAACUCAGGAGACCAAAAGAAAUUGGUGUUUCCAGUGUCUUUUAUUGACUGGGAUUUGAUCUUCUCAGUUUCUUCUGGAGAUGUUGAAAAUUGGGUAGGAAAGAAUACUGUUCAUUUCUUCACUGUCUUACCUCAGUUGAGUAACAACAUACUCUAUAGUUCCUGAAAGAAACACUGAUUUGCUUGCUGUUUCCCAUAUUUACCUCCAGGAUAUGAUGGAAACAGUGCUGAAAGAGAACUUUACAGAUGGUACUUUACUCAGUGACCUCUGGAAUAAAAGAACUCUGAAUUUUGAUAAUUAGUUUUAAAAUUAUGAGUCUUUGCAUGAAGGUCAGUUUUGUUUUUUUUAGAUUUGUUUUAAAUGUAUUCAGGGGAUUUGCCUUAUGCUAAGAUCAAACCAAGCAAGCUUUUGUCCUUCAUUCUGACUGAGUCAUAUGAUAUGUUGACAUGUGAUACAAUGUUUAUCGUACAGUGUUUCCAUAUGAGUGGAACUAAUGCUUAGAAGUGAGAAUCAUUUGUAUUUUGACUUGGAAAUUAUGGAACUUCAUUGUAUUAGGAUCAUAUACAUUUUAAAGAACAAAUGUUUAGAAUGACCAAAGGUCACUUCUUUUGGCUUUUGCUAAACUUGAUUUUUUCCCUUUUAGUAUUGGGUAUAGUUUUCUUCAAGUUCUUCUCAGAUAAAAUCUUCCUGUUGUUCCAUGUACUCCUUGGCAGCAGGAUGCUAGCAUCUGUGUAAUUCUCAUCCUGUUUCCUGGUAACCCAUAUAUUCAUUUUCAUGCUGACUUGAGCUCAGACCCUGCCUGGAUUUGGCAGGAGUAGGUUUUCCCAAAUCACAGUGCUUAGUUGAUGCAAACUGUAUAUUUUGCAUUAUGUUUCCUUUGUGACUGAAGAUUGAAUUAAAAUGCCUGUGAACUGCAAACUUGCUUAUGAUUGACUUGGUGCAAUAAAGUUCCUUUCUAACCGUUUCUGGUUUAGAAAACAUUCAGCCAUCUUAGAAACUAGCAAUAUUUAUUUAUGUCUCAUUUAUUUUACCUUCAGUUUUAGAUGAGGGAAUUGUAGUCUUUCACUUGUGGGUACUAAGCAAGGUCCAUUUUGGUGUAGCUGAAGAGAAUGCAUAUUUGGCUACACUAUUUCUGUUUACUAUAUUUUGCUUCUUGUUUAAAACCUUAAUAAUGGCUCAGUUCCAGCAUGUCAGUCUCAAAGAACUAAGGUUUUACUACUAGUGUCAGCCAUUUACUUUCCUACUAAUUGGGAUCCCCCAACACCCCCAAAUAAGUUUUAGAAAAUCCUAGAAAAGGGGAGAUUGCAUGUCUUAAUGCUGGGGAACAGCAACUUUGGUGUUGAAUUUACUUGAAUGGAUUAAAAUUGCAUUGUUACAGAGAUAGAAAAAAAUUUAAGUAUGAAAAAUAAUAGCCUUAUACUGAGUAUAAAUAAUACUUUAAAAGCAUGUGAAGAUGUGAUCAUUUGUGAUGUUACUUGUAAAAAAAACUAUAUAUAAAUAUCUUUUGAAGUGUUGAAAGGAAAAUAGUACUUUAUAUUCUUUAUCAUAUCACUUUUUGUAAGUGUUGCAUAUAUUCCUGUUUAUUUUUCUAUGUUCUGUUUUGUAGCCUUAAGAAGUGUUUCAAAGAUAUCUGAAUGUAUCAGAGUAAAUGCCCUACAUGGUGUGAUGCUGCAUUAUAUAUGAAACUGUGUGCAUAUAUUAAAUUUUGUCUGUUGA